GGGUUGCCAGGCUUAAAGGGAGAUAAAGGCAACGAUGGGGAAAGAGGAGAAAAGGGGGAGAAGGGAAAGAAGGGCAAAAAAGGGCCUAAGGGCGAGAAAGGAGAACAGGGUGCUCCUGGAUUAGAUGCGCCCUGCCCAUUGGGCCCAGAUGGAUUACCGAUGCCUGGUUGUUGGCAGAAGUGAUCGCUCUAACCCGAAACGCAUGGAGUUUGUAAAUAAUGCUUCUUUUAUGGUAUUUAUAGUUUUUUAAUGGAAGUCAAAAGAAAAAGAAGUCUAUGUGUACAACAAAAAGAAAAAAAGAGAGAGAUAAUCGUCCAGAGUCUCACGCCGUACGCUGCUUGUACUCACGUCGCUGUGUGGGAAACCAAUCGUUGUGUGUGUGUGUGUGUCCGCCACCGUCUCACAUCCAUGUCGUGGCAGAGCUCAGAUCCUCAGCUGGCGGCAGAACUUGUUGUCUUUAGUUUUUGCAUGGCUAAAAUCUGGAGCGAUGCAGUCCGGCCAGAUCCUUGUUUUUCCUGUUUUUGGGAGGGAGGUGGAAACGAGGAGGAAGCGGACGAAGGAUGGAUCUGGACUUGCUCCGUAACACAAAGCGCUAGGUGUUGUGUGUUGUUUUGUUUCAACAAGCUCACCACCCACUCAUGCAGCACCAUUCGCUCAAAGACUAAAAAAAAAAGAAACUAUUCUGAGCUGAACUUUGCCUCCCCAGUCGUUGAAAAAGCAUGAGUAGAAUAUUUAAAUGUGUUGUAUAUAGAUGUCACUGUUUUGUGUCGUCAUUGCUUCAGGAAAAUGAGAAACAAAAAGUCCCAAAGCUCUGAAAUAGUGAUUUUUGUUUUCCUUUAAUCUUCCUAAGGGAGUCACACCGUGGCUGGUAGCCUGAGUCUACAGAAAGUAGAACCGUUGGUUUUUCUUGAUUUAUUGUGGCGACGCCUGGGGAGCACUCAGUUCUCAGCAGGCUCUCAUUGUCGCGCUCGUCAGGCUCGGCGGCUUCGUCGGUUCACCGCCUCCUGCGGGGCGACGUAAAUCUCUGGACGGGAGCGGGAAAGGAAGCGAAUCGGUCUGGCAAAGGUCUGAGUCCAGAACAAGUCGGACUCAAACGGGACUCUACGGGAAGGAAUCCCUUCAAGAUCAGCUGGAGCUUCUGUUUCUUCUUUCUUGGCGAGCGACACUUGGACGUCUUCAGAUCGAACGCCGUUCAUGUUCUCUUUCUUUGUUUCUAGGUUUUUUGCUCUCAUUUUUUAUUUCUAUCUUAUUUUUUUACACAUCGUUUGUAUUCUUGUGUAUGAUAGCCUUUGGUGCCUCAAGCUUUUAUUCAUUCCUUUAUCAGAAAUGUACAAAUUUAUAUUUUGCUUUGAACCAUGUUGAUAAUGUAUAUUUCAGAAAGGGAAGCUUUGUUUUGGGAAGACAUUGUGAGAUUAUUGAAAAGCCAUUGCACACUGUUUUUUAAAGUGAAUUGUUUUUUUAAAGAGUACUUUUACCUGAGAACACACAUCCAUCUUGACUCUACAGCCACUGAUGGUCUUGGUUUUGAAAAAAGCUUGUUUCCAAAUGUUAGUCAGAACUCAAUGUAAGGACUUUUAUUUGUACAGUAUUGUCAGUUUUCUGCAUGAACACAGUUUACUAUAUAAAGAUUUCAUAAAUGUUGAUAAUAAUUUGAAGAAAUGUGUCCAAAUCUUAAAGGGUUGUUUUCAAAUUUGGAAGAUUCUGAUGUAGCCGAACACACAGUUAUGAUUUUUAGGACUGAAUAUUUUUUUUAACCAUUCACAGUGUUUUCUUACAUUAUAUAUGUCCUAAAAUGAAAGUUCAGGUUGUUUUGAAGUAGGGUUCCUUUAAGCUGAUAUUUGAGCUUUUUUUGGAGCAGUUGAAAAUAGAUGAAUUUUGUUUGAAUGGAUAAGCUAACCGCUAAUUGUCAUGUGGCCAAGACCAAAAUGCAUUUCUGUCAACUUAAAACACCUCCAGCCUCAAAUAAUUUUGAUAUAUAUACUGUAUAUCUAUAUAAACUGUAUUUCUUUAUAUAUGUAUAAAUUUCACAUUACAGGUUUAUUAACAAAGGGUAAGCACAACUAGCAUUAGCAGCAGAAGCUAGCURUAGCGCUUUUGGUACAUUCUAGGUACUUCAGGCUGGAAAUUAUAAAAUUCCUGUCAGGAUAAUUGUGUAAUUUGACACYGAUAGCAACGUAAAAGUUUAUAAAACAGCCCUAGCAUAAAAUCAUUAGAAAUUUUUGAGAUAGAGUUGUUUAAAGACAGAAGUAAUCCGCUUUGAUUUUGGCUCCGCUCUGAUUAGCCGUUAGCUUUUUAAUCCACCCAGGGGGGAAAAAAACUUGUUCAAACUAAAGUCGUUCAAAUAGUUUUCUACAAAAGGUCCAACUUUCCACAGAGCCACACUUCAAAACAAAAYGUAGACAGCAUGAAUUAAAUUACAACUAGAAAGACCAAUUGGGUGUGCACCUGCUGAGCUGUGAUUGGUGGAGGAAAGUUCUGCUGGAUGCUGAUUGGCCRUCACWGUAUGACAUCACUAAAAAACGCAGCCUCUGGCACCGCCUUUUUGAAGUUUCUAUUUGAGCCAGAAGACAGCGAACUGCAGCUCUGGCAUAUGUUGCCRGAUCAUCACCAAAAUUUAACGAGUUGUUCUUAGUGACAACCCCAGCAUGCCCUGAAAGUUUAAUUAAAAAUUGUUCAUAACUUUUUGAGURAUCUUAUUUAGAAUUGAAYGAGCRRCUGAGGUAAUAAAAGCAAAAAUACACAUAAACCAUAAAUUUAUCAGAUUCUUGGAACURUUGGCCAGUUUUGUCACAUUCCUCRUCAGACGGAGCAAAAAUAAACCGAUUUUUAGAUUCACAGUUGAUUUUACUACUGCAUGUUUCAAGUGUUAAAAUGAUCUGUUAAGGUGCUAUGCAGAUUUGUUUUUUCUAUCUUUCUUGUUUUGUUCAACUGUACAGAUAAUUUACAGUCUGAGCAGGUUGUGACGCAGUGGCAACAACAUGUGGAUGUAGGUUUUUUUUUUCUAGUUUUCUGUUUGAUUGUAAAGCUCAUCUCAUGAUGGAUGCAUGUCUGUGGAGACGUUUAACUCAACAGCAGCUCAGUCCGUGUGCAUGAACUACAAACCGGUUUAUUUUACCUGUUGGAGAUUUAUAAAUGUAACUGUUUUGUGUGCAUACAUUAUGUUUGUGUAUUUAUUUUUCUAUAAUUUCUUAAAUGAAGGCAUUUUUCAGCAUUCCUUUCAGCUUGAUAUUGUUUUUUUUAUUAUUAUUAUAGAUAUGGAUAAUUUGAGGCAUCAUAAAACACUACAGUGAGAAGAAAAGCUGCAUGAUUACAGAUUAGUGUCCUCACUGUUUUAAGCCUUACCAUGACACAUCUGAUUUUAUCUGUCCAAAAAACAAGAAAGUUACUGAUGGUCUGAAUGUUGCAACCAACACAUGGUUAAAUCUGACAGCCUUUGCUCACACUUUCUCUUCUUUGCUCUUUGUCUCUUUGCAUUGAAUGUAGUUUGAAAUGUGUAUAGUGGRUUAUUAAUGUACAUGUGUGCUAAUWUGACAAAGUGCAAUUUAUACUUUGGUUCAUGUGUGUAGCAUCAAACGCUGCUGGGGAAAAGAAACCUUUCCAUUACAGUGAUUUAGAGCUCCGUUCGUUCAGCCGUGAUGACCACUACCUGCAAGAAAAACAAACAAAAAAAAACAUUUAUUUACCGGGAGACCAGGAAGCAGCUCGUUUUUGUCUCAAGCUCUCCCUACAUUUAAAAAUCAGUGUUAUUUCUGUUGGCAUUUACUAAGUUUUCAUUUUAUUUUUAGUUUGCGUUGGAUUUCCAGCCUUUAUGACAGUAUUUGUUCUCACGAGGUGCUGUAACUUUAGUAUGUGCAGCUAUUUUUUCAUGUUUUUAGUUKGUUUGAGCUUGUUAUUAAAGUUUAGUUUAUUAAGCUAAAUAAAAAAAAGUGCCAAAAUCAUUAAAAUGUUGAUUUUCUGUGUCGGUGUUAAUGGAGCUGCACAAUCACACGGUAAAAUAGUCAAAUCAUUUAAGUAGGUACGAGGUGGUAGAAUAAUGAAGGUACGUCUUCUUGAUCAUGUGGUGUGAAAUCUUGCAGCCCAGUAAACACCUGGAUCAUCCUCAGUUAAAACAAGCUCAUAGUUUAAAUAAGAAUUAUCUUAAUUCAUUUUUGGUUAUGAUUUAUUUAAGGUUUUUUAUUUCCCAUUGUUUCUACCCACUUGUUUGACUGACUUUUCUUAAGACCUGUAUUAUCAAAAACUGUAUUUCAAGUUGAUAUUUCAUAUGACUGUACUGUUGGAGCCAAAUAAACAGUCUUUCAAAUACACCAA